GGGCGGCUGGUGGAGCAGCACCGCUCCGCCUGGUGCUUCGCCCUACUGGUUCUGGGCUACCUGCUCUACCUGGUGUUCGGCGCCGUCGUCUUCUCCUCGGUGGAGCUGCCCUACGAGGACCUGCUGCGGCAGGAGCUGGGCAAGCUGAAGCAGCGCUUCCUGGUGGAACACGCGUGCCUGUCGGAGCAGCAGCUGGAGCAGUUCCUGCUGCGGGUGCUGGAGGCCAGCAACUACGGCGUCUCGGUGCUCAGCAACGCCUCGGGCAACUGGAACUGGGACUUUACCUCCUCGCUCUUCUUCGCCAGCACCGUGCUCUCCACCACGGGUAAGGCGGCG